AGUGCUUUCUGCGCGGCAAGGCGAGUUGACGACGCGGUUCCUUCGUUAUUCCAGUUCCUUGGAGCGUAGACUCCUCGACAACUCAAAGCUUCGUCAUGAGCUCAAGAGGUGUCUACAGAGAUGUGAGUGGCAUCUACUUGUCCUGGCCAUUCCAGGACCACAUCAUCAUGGAAGUUCUCGAUUACAAACCGAAGCAAGGGGAUGUGUUCGUCGUCUCCUACCCCAAGUGCGGCACAACAUGGACGCAGCACAUUAUCUACGCCAUAUUUAACAAUGGCAAAUCACCCAAGAACAUGGACGAGUUCAUGCUGAGGUCACCCUUCAUGGAGAUGAUCGGCGUGGGAGCCGUGGAGUCGAUGCCGCGACCCGGAGCGAUAAAGACGCACCUUCCUUUCUCAAAGCAGCCGUACUCUCCACAGGCCAAGUAUAUAUACGUCAGCCGCAACCCGUACGACUGCUGCGUAUCGUACUUCUACCACUGCAAGUCGUUCCCCACGUACUACCUCACCGAUGCUACCUUCGACACCUUCUUCGACAUGUUCGUCGAAGGAAAAGUCGAGUUCGGCGACUACUUCGAGCACCAGAUUUCGUGGUACGACCACAGGAACGACGACAACGUGCUCUUCAUCACCUACGAAGAACUGAAGAAGGACCCGCGCUCCGGUAUACUCAAGAUUGCCGAUUUCCUGGGAGAUAACUACGGAAAAAAACUACGAGAGGAACCGGACAUGUUGGACAGGGCGCUGGACGCGUCCAGCGUGAAAACUAUGAGGGGAUUCAACGAGGAAUUCACAAAAUGGGGCGUUAAGGCCAGGGAGAUAUUGGAAGCGACGGGAAGGUACCGGCAGCACGACGCCGAAACACUGGAAGCGCUGGCGAAGCCAAUGACGGGUGAGUUCGUGCGGAAAGGAGUCGUCGGGGAUUGGAAGAACCACUUCACGUCCGACCAAAUAAAGCGUAUGAAAGACAGGAUAGCUUUCAAGACUAGGAAUAGUACCCUGAUGAGUCUGUGGAAAGACGUUGACCUCCCGUAAAACCCGGAUUUGUUUUGUUGCGUGCGAUCGUAUAUCAAGCAUCUGCAACUGCCGAUAACUCGACUGGGCGUCGUAUCGCGUCACGGCGUUCGUUUGCGGACAAGAAACGUCGCGAGCUUGAUACGAGGCGGCUGUGAUGGUGGACAACACAUUAUUGGCCCAUAGCUCAAAUGCUUGUAAGCCUAGAUUUAGCUUGCCUUCCACAGCCAUAGGAGAGCUGGUGUAAAGCUUGCCAGAGCAUGUUAAGUUGUGCUUCGGAAUGUUGGAACGCUUAUUAGUAUUUACAUUUAGGAAUUGGGAAUUAACCAUCUCUUGAUUGUUGAAAGAGCCAUAUUAGUUUUGAGUAUAUAAUUGACUU